AUGACCGUUCAGAAUGCUUGUCCUUUUACUAUCUGGCCUGCGAUGUUCACUGGUCCCGGAUCUCCUCUGCCGAAUUAUACUACCGGGUUGGUACCGCGCAUCGGGUUUAUUGGUGAAAGAAUCCACUCAUUUGCGAACCACAAAGGUGGGAAGCCGGAGCUAACUCGGCAGUCUCCUUCACUGUUCCUGACAAUUGGUCGACUGCCCGUAUCUGGGCUCGCCGUGAUUGCAACUUUUAUGAUACAAACCCAGCUACUCAGAACUGGUAUUCCCCCCGCUUCUCUCGCUGAGUUUACCUUGGGCACCAAUGGCGCUGCAGAUUGGUACGACGUGUCGCUGGUCGAUGGGUUCAACUUGCCCAUGUCUAUCACUAACAACGUGGGCUGCGCAGUGGCAGACUGUCCGGUGGACCUAGGACCAAAUUGUCCUGCAGCGCUUAUUGGCCCGUUUGAUUCUACUGGAUCCCCGAUCGGAUGCAAGAGUGCCUGCGAGGCCGGUCUGAGCAGUGAUUCUCGGAAUUCUGCUAAUUGCUGCACCGGAAUUCACGACACGGCUGCGACGUGCCCUUCGUCUGGCGUAGAGUACUACUCCUACUUCACGGGAGACCGGCGAGCUUGCAGACGACCAAGUUCGAGAACUAGCAAUUACAACUCAGAAAUAUUCCCCAGACGCCUAUUUUCCACCGCCGUCUCGACGGAUAGUCUCAGCUUCAACGGACGCAUCCUUCCUUUCAGGUGGCUGCGCGAUUCCUGUCAGUGUCCGCAGUGCGUGCAUCCGUCUACGCGCCAGAAAUUGCACAGGACUUCCGAUAUUCCUUUGGAUGUACACCCGACUGCCAAUGGGGUGAAACAUGCAAACGACGGCCUACACAUACGAUGGGGGUCUGGACACGAGUCAUACUACGCUGGUGAAUUCCUCGAGCGGUAUUCCUCGCCGCAGAGGUUGCACACCUUUCAUGCGGACGUAGACCCGCAUCCAUGGGACGUUAAAGAGCUGCGAUCGGCGACGGAUCUGUAUCUUUCGUACGCAAGCAUUCAGACAUCUUCAGGGUUGUCAACGGCUAUCACACAGCUCGUACGAUACGGCCUCCUCUUCGUGACGGGUGUUCCGAACGCUGAGUCGUCCAACGAGGCGUGCGAGCUGCGCAAGCUGGCGGAGCGCUUUGGCGAAAUUCGUCCGACGUUCUAUGGCGAGACCUGGGACGUGAAGGAUGUGCGCAACAGUCGCAACAUCGCGUACACUAACAUUGAUCUCGGACUUCACAUGGAUUUAUUGUAUUUCCAGCACCCUCCGCGUUAUCAGAUCCUGCACUGCCUGCGGAACCGCGUCUCGGGCGGCACGUCCGUCUUCGUCGACGCGCUGCACGCCGCGUUAACCCUCCGCGCAUGUAAUCCCGCCGACUUCGUUACUCUGGCGUCCACCCCCGUCGCGUUCCACUACAUCAACGACGGGCACCACCUGCACUUCGAGCACCCAACCAUCCAGCUUGCCCCUACCCCCACACCCAUGUCCGCAUCAACAUCCACGUUCAGCGCAGACUUGGACCCUGACGUACGCGCGAUCCAGUACAUCAACUAUUCCCCGCCGUUCCAGGCACCUCUACCGUCGUCCACGCCCGCGCCAUUCUACUCUGCACUCCAGCGCUUCGUCGAGCUGCUCGAAUCUCCCGCCGCGCGAUAUGAGUACACGCUACGUGAAGGUGACGCGGUGCUGUUUGACAACCGCCGCGUGCUGCAUGCGCGUACCGCGUUCCAGGACCACGAAGCUCUCCAUGGGGAGGAUGCAACGAGCCGGUGGCUCAAGGGGUGCUAUCUUGAGGCCGAUGCGGUGCUCGAUCGCGGGCGGGUGUUGAGGCAGCAACUGUAG